UCUAUCUAUCUAUUAAUUAAUGUGUCAAUGUACUCUGUCUCUCAGUCAGUGUGUAAAUUUAAAUGGAAGCCUAAAUAUAACUAAACAAAUCGCACAAUAAAUGUCACUAUAUCACCAAAAAUCUGCUAUCUCAAAAACUCCUCUCACAAAAACCUGCGAUGUGAAACUGCAUUAACUUCACUGAGUGAUUUGUUCCCGACCGAACUAUCAGUCAAACCCUGACUCGGUGGACCAUGCCACCUGUUGAAACCAAACACUCAGAAGCUUAAUUUAGCCAUAGUCACGUGACGUGGGUGUUUUGAAUCAAGCUUCGGAUCAGUGUUUCGAGUCAUCUGUGCUUUGGGAUCUCGCAAAGCUUCGGACAACUGUUUCGGGUCACGGGUCAGCCACCCCUACUUUCAAGAAGGAUUUGAGACAUUUGUUUCUGAACAGAGAGCAGAUCGUUGUGAUUUUCAAGGUGAUUUAUUCUUAAACCCGUCGUUCAGAGAGUGAAAGUAAAGUUUGUGUUGCUGGAGCUCAAACUGUGGAAAUGGCUUCACUAAACGUGUCUGCAGAAGAGCUUUCUUGUCCCGUGUGCUGUGACAUCUUCAAGGCUCCUGUUGUUUUAUCCUGUAGUCACAGUUUCUGUAAAGAGUGUCUUCAACAGUUCUGGAGAACCAAGAAAACUCAGGAGUGUCCCGUCUGCAGGAGAAGAUCCUCAAAAGACAAACCUCCUUUUAAUCUGGCGUUAAAAAACUUGUGCGAGUCAAUCCAGAAGGAGAGAAAUGAGACUCGUUCAUCAGGAUCUGAGGAGAUCUGCAGUUUACACAGUGAGAAACUCGAACUCUUCUGUCUGGAGGACAAACAGCCGGUGUGUUUAGUGUGUAGAGAUUCACAACAACACGACAAUCAUAAAGUCAGACCCAGCAGUGAAGUGGUUUCAUCAUAUAAGGAGGAGUUCAGAACAGCACUGAAGUCCUUACAAGAGAAACUGAAACACAAUGAAAAAAUGAAAGUAGAGUUUGAGAAAACAGUUCCAUACAUCAAGGCUCAAGCUGAUCACACAGAGCGUAAAAUUAAAAAGCACUUUGAGAAGCUUCAUCGGUUUCUCAGAAAAGAAGAAAGAGCUACAGUCACUGCACUGAAGGAGGAAGAGAAGCAGAAGCAGCAGAUGAUGAAGGAGAAGCUGGAGGAGAUGAACACACACAUCUCAGCUCUUUCACACACAAUCAAAGACAUGGAGGAGAUGAUGAAAGCCAAUGACGUCUGCUUUCUGAAGGAGUUUCCAGUCUCAAUGGAAAGAGUCCAGAGCUCACGGCCGGAUCCACAGAUGGCGUCUGGAGCUUUGAUUCAUGUGCCACGAUACUUGGGCAACCUGCCGUUCAGAGUCUGGAAGAAGAUGCAGGACAUCGUGCAAAACACUCCUGUGAUUCUGGAUCCAAACACUGCAGAUCAACGUCUCGUCCUGUCUGAUGAUCUGACCAGUGUGAGACUCAGAGGGAUCAAUCCAACUCUUCCUGAUAAUCCAGAGAGAUUUGACUGGUGUCUCUGUGUUCUGGGUUCAGAGGGUUUUAACUCAGGAACACACUGCUGGGAUGUGGACGUUAAAGAGAGUUCAGACUGGAGUCUUGGAGUAACUUCAGCAUCAGUCCAGAGGAAGGGAGGCGUUUUCUUCAAAACUGAAAAGAGUGUCUGGAGAGUGUCUUACGGAUAUAUAGGUUCUGGUUUUCUUAUUGAACAGAAGCUUGAUCGUGUGAGAGUGAAUCUGGACUAUGAUGGAGGAACAGUGUCGUUCUCUGAUCCUGUAACUAACACACAUCUACACACAUUCACAGCCACCUUCACUCACACACUCUUUCCAUUCUUCUGUUGUUAUCCCUCUCUGAGGAUCUUACCGGUCAACACUCAGUAAAGUUACUCCUGUAGAUCUGGAUCUUCCUGCUUUCAUCAUGUUUCCAAUAUUUACUCCAUAUCUCAUGAGUAAGAGUGCUGUAGAUCUGAGUAUCAGUACGGCUGCUGUGAUUGGGCCGUGAUGAUCACAUGACUGAUAUCCAGCACUACAGCAACACACACUGUCUGCAUGUGCUUUAACAGAUCAAUAAACAACUGUGUAGUUUCUCACUAAUUUUCACAUUA